AAAGUGAGCUAGACACAUUGAGAGACUCGGCAGCGCUGCUGCACAUUCAAAAUAGAGUCAGAGGGAGGGAAGAGAGAGAGAGAGAGAGAGAGGGAGAGAGAAGGAGAGUCAGGGACAGGCAGUGCUGUAAAGGAGAGCACAAAGAGAAGGAAAGUGGAGCAGGGGAGGGGAACAGGAGGCUGGGUGAAGGGAGAGGGAAAGACAAAAGAAGGAGAGGGAAGACAUAGCAGGGUGAACGGAAGGGACUGAGCAAAUGGCUACGGAGGAGACGGCGGGGGGAGCCAGGAAAGCCACCAAGAGCAAACUGUUUGAGUUCCUGGUCCAUGGAGUGCGUCCUGGCAUGCCGUCUGGAGCGAGGAUGCCCCACCAGGGAGCUCCCAUGGGCCCCCCCGGCCCACCGUACGGAGGGAGCCCGGCGGUGCGGCCCGGCCUGCCCUCCCCGGUGAUGGAGCCCAGUCGUAAGAGGCCUGCACCCUCCCAGCAGGUCCAGCAGCAGCAGCAGCAACAGCAGCAGCAGCAGGCCGUCCAGAGCCGGGCCAGAAAGAAGCCAGUUGGAUUCCCCGGAGCCAAUGAGAUGCCGGCGAGGCAGAUGGACAUGAGAGAGCCCCAAUCAGAUCCCACGCUCGGAUCAAAUGCUAAGAGAAGGAAAAUGGCAGACAAGAUUCUUCCGCAAAGGAUCCGUGAGCUGGUCCCAGAGUCUCAGGCCUACAUGGAUCUGCUGGCGUUUGAGCGCAAACUGGACCAGACCAUCAUGCGCAAACGUGUGGACAUCCAGGAGGCACUGAAGAGACCAAUGAAGCAGCAGAAGCGUAAACUGAGGCUUUACAUAUCGAACACGUUUAACCCUGCCAGACCCGACGCUGAUGACUCAGAUGGCAGCAUUGCAUCGUGGGAACUGCGUGUAGAGGGGAAAUUGCUGGAUGAUCCGGGGAAGCAGAAGAAGAAGUUUUCUUCGUUUUUUAAGAGCCUGGUGAUUGAGCUGGACAAAGACCUCUACGGUCCUGACAACCACCUGGUUGAGUCAAAGCGUGGUGCCUUGCUCUUUCAGUGGCACCGCACGCCCACCACUCAGGAGACGGACGGCUUCCAGGUGAAAAGGCCGGGAGACGUGAGCGUGCGCUGCACUCUGCUGCUGAUGCUGGACUACCAGCCUCCCCAGUUUAAGCUGGACCCUCGCCUGGCUCGCCUGCUUGGCAUUCACACUCAGGCUCGCUCCUGCAUCAUCCAGGCGCUCUGGCAAUACGUCAAGACCAACAAACUGCAGGACUCCCAUGACAAGGAGUACAUCAACUGUGACAAGUACUUCCAACAGAUCUUUGACUGCCCUCGACUGAAGUUCUCUGAGAUCCCUCAGCGCCUCACCAACCUCCUUUUACCCCCCGACCCCAUCGUCAUCAACCAUGUCAUCAGCGUGGAUCCCAACGACCAGAAGAAGACGGCCUGCUACGACAUCGACGUGGAGGUGGAAGACCCCCUGAAGGGUCAGAUGAGCAGCUUCCUCCUCUCCACCGCCAACCAGCAGGAGAUCGCCUCACUCGACAACAAGAUCCAUGAGACCAUCGAGUCCAUCAACCAGCUGAAGAUCCAGAGGGACUUCAUGCUCAGUUUCUCCAGAGAUCCCAAGGGCUACAUCCAGGACUGGCUUAAAUCCCAGAGCCGAGACCUUAAGUUAAUGACAGACGUGGUGGGGAACCCUGAAGAGGAGAGGAGGGCAGCGUUUUACCACGAGCCUUGGUCCCAGGAGGCGGUCAGCCGCUAUUUCUACUGCAAGAUCCAGCAGAGGAGACAGGAGCUGGAACAGGCCUUAGCUGUCCGCAACACCUAAACCAUCAAGGCCCUCCUGAAUCUCUGCAUCUGAUUUCAGAGCUGCGUGUGUUUGGAUGUGUGUAAGGCCAUCGAUGUAGUCUGUUGAAACCUCAUACCUCUAAAAAUGUCAGUUAAAAAAAAAUAAAAACUUAAUUGUCUUAGUGAUAAAAGAAAAUACAAAUUCAUAAGUUUUUCCAAAGUUUUGAAAUUAAAGGGAAAUUAGAGGAGGGGGUUUUCUCAUGACAGCAGCGAUGUGCACGUAUGGAAGCCCAGAUCUCGAUGCAGAUAUGCGUCCACUGCAUAUUUGUUCCGUUUUGUGCAGGACUGUGAGGACAUCAUCAUUAACAGCAUGUGUUCAGCUGCACCUUCAGAAGUCAAGCCCCUCGGACCACAAUCAUCCUCAGACUCACUAAAAAAAUAUACAAAAAUAAAAAAAAAACCCUCCUCUUUGUCACUACUCUCUGCUUUUGCAAACACAUCACAAACUCUGAAGCGGCUGCUCACGCACCGCUGCGUUUUUUUAGAUUCUCGAGAAAAGCGUUUGCUGCUGUGUCCGACAGAAAGGUACAGGAUGUUACUCGUCGUCACAGUCAAUCCUCACAGCGCUCUGGAUGACUCUUCAUAUUUUAUGUUUUCCAACUCUUUCUGAAAUGGCUUUAUUGUUUGAUUGUAAGUGUGACUGUGUGUGUUUUUGUUUGUUCUCAUUCAUUUUUGAAAGGUUGUUUAACUACACCAGCAAAGUCGAGAUUACAGUGUGACACAUUGGGUUGCAGGGAAUCAAUUCUAUCUAUAAACCUGAGGUGUGGAUUUCAUAUUCAUUGUCAGGUUUGAGUUUGAGUCAAUUAGAAAACCUCCAGUGUGUCUCAUUUUAGUCGUGUUCGCCAGUAAACUGUUUUAUUUUUGCAGUAAUUCCAACAAAAGUAUUAGGUAGGUUAACUUAAGUAUUAUCACAGCAAGAAUAGUGUUUUAAUGAAGGAGAAACAACAUUUGAUCAACAAAAUUGUACCUUUUUCUUUACUUAGUCAGCAAAAUGACAAAUAUGCCUAUACAUGUUGGGACUUUAUCUGUUUUGUCAGAAGUCGCUCAAUGCCUCUUCCUUAUGUAGUAUUUUGCCAGUUAAUGUCCUGAAGGUGUUACCAAAGGUUGCAACAAGAGGAUGAGAAACAUGAUCACUGAAAUAGAAGUGGGCAAAAAUCUUCACCUGGGUUUAACAGAAAUUGCAAAACGUUUCCUUGUACGGUGUUCGUAAAAAAUCGGAACAGUCUGGGUAGUUUGAAAGAGGAUUUACUCUCAAAUGUUUGCCUUUUGUAGCCAAUUAGGCCUCAGGUUGUUGUAAACAAACUCUAAAACUGUUAUUGUAAUGAACACUUAAGCCCAGGUCUGGAGAAGGAGUUUGUCCAUUUCUAUGCUUUUUAUGUUAAUGAAGAAGAAAAAACUUUCUUUUUUUUUCUAGAGAUGUGAAUAUGUUUUCCCUUAAGAGGGCCAACUGUACAGUAUACGACAGACUAUUUGUGUUUGUUUUGGGGGGAUUUGGGGAGGGGGGCUGAGUUACAUGGUGCAUUAUGGGAGCUCCAUGAGUUUUGAAUAAGUAGAGCAGGAAUGUUAGUGUUCCUCUGUGUACUAUCUUGGGUUGGGGUGAUUUAUUUUAGGUCUAUCCCAUAACUAUCGUGGGAGCUAGAAGCUGCAACAAAGAAAGACCUCCCUUGCUUUCAAUCUCAGUAGCUGUAACACAUGAUAUAAUCUGUACAGAUCUCCUUUUACACUUUUUUUAAUGACACUUGACUUGUAUGUAUAUGUUGUAAUGUCAGAUGGAAGAUUUUUUUUCUCUCGCAGCAGUCUGAGCUCGAACCUUUUCUGGGUUUCUUCGCACUGUGCUGUCAUUCUUUUGUCGGGAUUCUCUUCUCGUCAUGGGUGAGACCCUCUUCAUUAGCCCAACAUACACAAAAAGAGAUCGGAUGCUUUCACGAUGACCUAUGCAUGCUCCAUGGACAUUAAUACUCCAUCUGUUGAGAUAGUUUGUGUAAAUAUAAAAAGCUGGCAUAGCAGUCUGUGUGACGAGCGAAAGACUUGUUGAAAUGCCUUCUGGAAACCUUUUUGCCAAAAAUGAUAUGUCCUACCAGCAACUAACUGUAGGUGUGAUUUUUCUAAUUUGUAUUUUUGUUGCUAGGACUAAGUUAUAUAUAACUGCACUCAUUAGAGGAGAAACAGUAGUCAUUGGUAGUAUUUUAGUCCUGUGUCUGACCCGGAGUGAUUUGUCUUUGUAUGGCCAGGGCAUUCACAUUGUUGUCAUACAGUCACUUAUUCACUUGCACCCUCUUGUGGAGGAAACUAGAAGCUGCAACUCUUGGGUAACCUCAGCUUUGAGCACCACAGUAUCAGAAUAUAUGAACAUGUUAACACGACUACUGUGUCUUCUGUUACUAAACCCUGACAUACUGUUGACAUGUUUGUCCCACUCCCUGCAUGUGUUUGUGAAGAGUGGGUACUGCUCUUUCUCUCUGUUUACACUGUUGUCCGAGCGUCACCAACAGGGAGAUACUAGUAUACACAACACUGUAUAUCUGUAAAGAGCAAACUUGUUUGGUGAUUACAUUUAACUAAAAAAAGAAGAAAAAAAAAAGGGAAAAAAGCUGUGACAUUGCGAGACAGUCUGGAUGUAAAUAAAGAAGCGCUUGCCAAAGUUUGUAAAUGCCA